AUGAUCCGAACUCUACGACCCUUGUUCCGUCAAUACCCUGCCGUCUCCCGGGCCCAGUGCUUUAGUACGUUCCCGGCAAAGUUUUCGGCUGCUCCUAAUACCCCUAGUCCGGCCUACGAGGUUUUCGAUAAGCGCACCAAGCGGAUUCAAAAAGAUCGGGCUGCCAGCAAUGCCUCCGUGUCGCGCGAGGUCUCGUACCUGCGUGAAGAAGUGGCUUCCCGUAUGAUUGAGCGUCUUGCUUUUAUUUCCCGCGAGUUUCCUCGGGUCCUUGAUCUCGGCGCCGGCGCCGGCACGUUGGAAAACGUUUUGUGUCGCGAAGACACCCCAGACAGUGAGCUGGUGCAGAGUCGCCUUAAGCACGUUACCAUGCUGGAAUCCUCAGAAAAACUACUGUACCGUGAUUCAGAUCUCAACCAGUUCUCAUUCAAUACCAAAAUGAACCUGUCACGAGUCGUUGGCGAUGAAGAGUUCCUUACGGGUCCCGAUGGCGCUCCUCUUUUCCCCCCAGAAUCUUUUGACGCGGUACUCUCGUCCAUGUCGCUGCACUGGAUCAAUGACUUGCCUGGCAUUUUGUCUCGUGUUCAAGAUGUUCUCGUUCCUGAUGGCAUGUUCAUGGCGGCCAUGCUUGGUGGAGAUUCUCUUUAUGAACUCCGUACUACUCUUCAACUUGCUGAGAGUGAACGUGCCGGCGGUGUUUCCCCGCGCAUGAGUCCUUUGGCUGAUGUCCGUGACAUGGGCAGUUUAAUGCAACGUGCAAAGUUCAAUCUUCUUACAGUCGAUGUGGACGAUAUUAUUGUUUCGUACCCUGACACUUAUUCACUCAUUGAAGACCUACAGGCCAUGGGCGAGUCUAAUGCUGUGUUGGCCCGCCAGUCGUAUAUCCCGCGCGACAUUUUGGUUGCUGCUGAUCCUAUCUACCGAGCUCUUCACGGGAACGAAGACGGGUCCAUCCCAGCCACGUUCCGCGUCAUCUAUCUCAUUGGCUGGAAACCCGCGCCGACCCAGCAAAAGCCGCUUGCUCGUGGCUCUGCCCAAAUGUCACUUAAGGAUGCUCUUCCUACGUAUGGAUCGUCAUCUUCCUCAGACUCUGAGAAAAAGUAA